AACCCCCCAAACACACAACACACAAUUCAUAGCAAUUUUGAUAGAGAAAUUCGCAACCCCAAAAAAGCAAUGUUGGAGAGCAGAUUAAUUUCAAUCUUAAGGCGAAACAAAGAUUUGGGUCACAAGAUUUCAUCAAAUCUUGGAAGAUGGGGGUUUACUGCAAUAAAAAUUUCAAAUGAAGCUUCUUUUUCAAUAUUGAAUCAACACAGGCUCUUUUCUACUAUCCCAAAAAUUCAUCCUAUAAGCAGAAGCUCUAUUGCAAGAACCUUUAUUAACUAUGGUUUAAGAUCUUUUCAUCAUCUUAAUCACAAGGGUGUGCAUAGAAUGUCUUUCAGAAAAAUUUCCACAGUGGCAGCUUCUGUAGCUGAAAACAAGGAGGGAUUGAAGUUCCUUGUAACUGCUGGACCCCAUGCCCGGAAAAUGGUUGGCAUAUGGCUUUUUGCAUCUGCUGCUUGGGUCUUCAGUAUGGUUGUGCUUGGUGGUGUCACACGGCUGACACGUUCAGGUCUUUCAAUGACGGAUUGGAAGUUCACCGGGAGCCUUCCUCCUCUAACAGAUGAAGAUUGGUUGAUUGAAUUUGAGAAGUACAAGCAAUCCCCCGAAUACAAACGUGUGAACAAGGGGAUGAACAUUGAGGAUUUCAAGUUCAUAUAUUGGAUGGAAUAUGCACAUCGAAUGUGGGGAAGAGCCCUUGGUAUAAUGUUUGCACUACCAUUCUCAUAUUUUCUUCGUAAGGGAUACAUAACAGUAAGACUUGGACUUAGACUUUCUGGACUCUUUGCUCUUGGUGCUGGACAGGGGCUCAUAGGUUGGUGGAUGGUGAAAAGUGGUUUAGAGGAGCCACCAUCUGAGUAUGUUGAACCAAGAGUAAGCCCUUACCGUCUUGCAGCUCAUCUUACCUCUGCAUUUGCUAUUUAUUGUGGACUCUUCUGGACGGCUCUUUCUGUUGUUAUGCCUGAACCUCCUGCCGAAUCGCUUGCCUAUGUUCGUGGGGCUGCAAAAGUUAAGCGGCUUGCACUUCCUGUGGGCAUCCUUGUCGGAAUUACUGCUAUCUCAGGAGCUUUCGUUGCUGGAAAUGACGCUGGCCGAGCAUUUAAUACUUUUCCAAAGAUGGGAGAUACAUGGAUUCCUGAUGAUAUCUUUAGUAUGAAACCUAUUAUGCGCAACUUCUUUGAGAAUACGGCAACAGUUCAG